UUCUUCUGCCGCAGGGACUAGCUACUACCGCCAAACGCGGUGGGGAGCUGAGCCCGAUGCCUUGGCGACCAGUGCGGAGGAUGAGCGGCGAAUACGUGUGCAGGGCGUGAUACACGAAUCGACGAUGCCGAGAACGCGUCUACCGUACAUCAUACUCGCCGCACACGAAUCCUUCCGAGAUGGUGCUAUGUCGGCAAACAACUAGAACAACUAGAGUUAUUCGGUGACAUGGACGGAGCGCUGUAUAGGUGCUCGGACCGGGCCUUGGGAGAGGGUCAGAAGCAUACUCACCCAUGCAACCCGCGCUUGUCUGUACUCUACCCCUCUUUUCCCUUUCCCGACCAGAACGUACACACUGAAGGGCUGAUAUCAGGUGUAGAUAUCCAACAUCUCCGUGAAGUUGCCCGCGUCCAGGCGUCGCAUCAGGGGACGGGCUCACCACAUACUAUGGAUCUUCGUGUUCAGCACCGAGUAGCCUGCACCUCAUACCCCGAGUACGCCUCGCCAUGGGACACACCGCCAUUGGUGCCGUCGAUCUCGAGGGCCACUAGUGUGGGUUGGGUAGCCGAACGUGACCCUGACUACGACGUACGGCAUACGAACGAGUCGGACGCUCCGGGCGCUGAGAAGCAGUGGUUGUUAUCACGAGGGGGAGACGAGCACCGUACGAUGCGCCUCGAGCUGCGAGCUGAGAUCUGAGAGGGGACAGAUGCUCAUUGCCUGCUCGAAGUCACCAUCAAUCUAACGGUCUCAGGAACUGGGAGCCCGACUUUCCCCCUUCCCCCUCCCGCUUUCCCUUGCUCUGGUCCUACCCCGCAAGCCCACCUCUACGGGCAUCACCCAUCA